UAAGGAGAUAAGAAAAAGCGUCAGGGUUGAAUGGCAUUGGUCUGCUCCAUAUAUACAUUUGAUGGGUCCAUAUAUACUAGAAUAAACCAUCAGUGAUGGAUGCCAACUACUGAUCCUUUUAUUGCAAAUUUGCAAACAUGGUAUGCUGUUGCUAGGCUAUCAACCAUGGUGAACAGGGGUUACUAUCCUUCAAGGGUGGCUGAUGCUUACUCCAAGUACAUCAACUUUCAGGCCAUCAGUACAUCCAUGGACACCUCUUAUUGCUACAUUCUGCUCUUCCUCUUCAUAUACUUUCUUACCAAGCACUUUUUCCAAUCCAACAAAAAACUCCCACCAAGUCCUCCUCUCUCCCUACCCAUAAUAGGUCAUCUCCACCUCUUCAAGAAACCCCUUCAUCGCACCUUUGCUAAAAUUUCUAACCAAUAUGGUCCAAUCCUGUUCAUCAGAUUUGGCUCUCGCCCUGUCAUCAUUGUGUCUUCCCCCUCUGCCGCGGAGGAAUGCUUCACCAAAAACGACAUUGUUUUUGCAAACCGCCCCCGCCUACUGGCUGGAAAACACCUGGGUUACAAUUACACCACUCUUACCUGGGCACCAUAUGGUCAACAUUGGCGCAAUUUAAGGCGUAUAGCUUCCCUGGAGAUAUUGUCAUCCAAUAGGCUUCAGAUGUUCUAUGACAUCCGGAUUGAUGAGGUCCGGGCACUACUUUGCCAGCUCUUCAGAGCCUCCAGUGAAGGUCAAUUUUCUGCUGUGGAUAUGAAAUCCAUGUUUUUUGAGCUGACACUUAACAAUAUGAUGAGAAUGAUCUCAGGAAAGAGGUACUACGGUGACAAUGUUACAGAAUUGGAGGAAACAAGAAAGUUUCGGGAGAUAGUGGCAGAGACCUUUGAGUUGAGUGGGGCAACCAAUAUUGUAGAUUUUGUACCAUUCUCGAAGUGGAUUGGAUUAAAUGGAAUCGAAAAGAAGUUGGUGAUAUUGCAGGGGAAAAGAGAUGGAUUCAUGCAGAAUUUGAUUGAAGAGCACAGAAGAAUGAGAAGUCCUUGUGAAGGGAGGAGCAAGACUAUGCUUGAUGUCCUAUUAUCAUUGCAAGAAACUGAACCUGAAUGCUAUACAGAUGACAUCAUUAGAGGCAUGAUGCAAGUCAUGUUAUCAGCAGGAACCGACACUUCAGCUGGGACAAUGGAGUGGGCAAUGUCACUUUUGCUGAACAAUCCAGAAGCCCUUGAGAAAGCCCAGGCUGAAAUAGACUCCCACUUGGGAAAAAGCAGGCUGAUUGAUGAAUUAGAUAUAGCAGAGCUUCCCUAUCUCCGUGGCAUUAUUAAGGAGACACUCCGAAUGUACCCAGCUGCUCCACUGCUAGUACCCCACGAGUCAUCCGAGGAGUGCACUGUGGGGGGUUUCAGAGUCCCAAGUGGUACAAUGCUGUUGGUGAACAUGUGGGCUAUACAAAAUGAUCCUAUGUUAUGGGCAGAGCCUUCAAAAUUUAAGCCAGAGAGAUUCCAAGGUCCAGAGGGACAAAGAAAUGGAUUCAUGUUUUCGCCUUUUGGGGCUGGGAGGAGGGGGUGCCCCGGGGAAGGAUUGGCAAUGCGGGUGGUUGGGUUGGCCUUAGGCUCACUGAUUCAGUUCUUCGAGUGGGAGAGAGUUGAUGAGGAGAUGGUGGACAUGAGCGAAGGAACAGGGCUCACCAUGCCCAAAGCUCAGUCCUUGGUGGCUAAGUGUAGACCACGACCAUCCAUGGUGAGCCUCCUUUCUCAACUUUAGGGACACUUUUUGGGUCCUUUGGUUUGUGAAGUUUAUCAUUGGAAUACGGCUUAUAGCCUCCAGAGUAUCGGCCCUUCCACCCUUCCGGCUUCCACUUUAGUUGAUGAUGUGCAUGGAAAUGCAGCAGACUCAUCUUGGCUUGGGCUCACAGUAUGCAUUUGCUUCAUUUGUUCAUCCAAACAAAUUCUCUACUUUUUGUUCCCUUCUAUCCUGCUAACCUCAUGUGCAAGUGAUAAAGCAUUUGGAAUUUGCCA